CCUACCGCGCAUUUCAACCUUGCCCUUUCGCUCGCAUCCGCGGGCAAACGGCUCAUUUGCGAGCUCCGUAUAGUCAGCGCCAUGGGUGCCGCGACUGAAGACGAUCGCGAGUACCUGCAGCAGCCCGAGCGGCCUCUCCGCCGCUUCGUCACCGCCAAGUAUGUUUGCAUAGCGUUGUCCUGCUUAGCUCUCGUGCUUCUCGCCAUAGCCUUGUCUUAUCCGAUUAGUAACCUGUUGGGCAUAAAGCGACUAGACGACGCUUACCAGAGCGCCAACGUCUCCGACAAUGAGAUCGACGACACCGCUCCCGAUGGCUUCCAGCCCACGCGGGACGGAUACAAGAGGAACGUUACGGAAACCAAAGCAGCACCGUCGCCACCACCACCAUCACCACCACCGCCGCCGCCGCCCGAGUCUUCUACGGCUGCGGAAACUACGGAGUCGACAAUUCCUACCACAUCGACUACGGAGUCCACUACGCAGCCUACAACGACCACAACGGUGAGCCCGGAGACCACUACGACAACCACGACUGAAGAGCCGUCGACGAGGAGGAGUACCAGGAGGCACAGAAGGUCUCACCGCGAAGAACCCGACAAUACGACCGCAGCAUCGCCGACGAACGAACCGUCGAGGCCGGCCGUGUGGUUGAACCGGACAAGAAGCCCCGUCGGGCCGAGCUACGUUGUGUACGAGGUCGCCAUGAAGAAGGUCAGCGUCCAGUUGAUCUACGAAUGCCACUGCCCACGCAGCCGGCGCUUCAUCGUGUCCCAGCUGUUACCCGUGUACGAGCUGCUGAGAGAGUACAUGCACCUGACCCUCCUGCCUUUCGGCCGGGCCCGCAUCGAGAACGGUACCGGCGGUGGUAACGAUACCGCUAGCAAUACCACCACUACGACUCCCAGCAGCGCCAACAGCACCGGUGAGCCGGAGAGUUCGGAGUCAGCAGAAGACAGCGGCUCUGCUGACAGCAACAGCAACAACACCCACAGCGACGGCAGUAACGGCACUAGCAGCGACCGCAACUCGACGUCCAGUCCGACCAUCAAGUGCCCGCGCGGAGAAGACGAGUGCCACGGCAACAUGGUCCAGACGUGCGUCAUGAGGCACGUCGAGGAGACGUUGACUGCGGUCCGGAUCAUCGCCUGCAUGUCCCAGUAUCCGGACCCGCACCGCGUCGGUCGUCGUUGCGUCGAGAAGCAAGGCCUGGAGUGGCACCUGGUGGACCAGUGCGUGACCGAGGAAGGGAAGCUGCUCAUGCUGGACAUGGGCAAGAAGACGUGGAGCAUCACGAGCAGCGUGAACAGCGUGCCCCUUAUACGCGUCGAGGGCGAGAUGAGUCACGUGAUCCAGGUCGAGGCACAGGACCAACCUGUUGGCGCUCAUAUGCGCACGCCUGCAGAACCGACCCCCGGCUUGUCAGGGCCGUGGAAACGCGACCCAGGCAGCGUUGCCCGGUAACGGCACCGCGACCACUGAUGCUCCGUCGCGUACCACGUCUGCGGCUCCGCCGUCGACGGGAUGCUGAACUGGGCGGCGCUGUCUUUAGGACAUGAUUUGAUGCCUUUUGUUUUGUUAUCUCGGCCUUAAGCAGGUUUUUCUGCGCUGUUUUAGCCAACUUUCUCAGUGUCGUUAUCUAAGCUCAUUUCGUCAUGUUAGAUUUCUCUAAUAUUUUGCUUUCUCUUGUGUGUGCUUUAAUUUUUUUUCCUCGUGCCGUUUUCCUUCCCCUUUAACAUAUUUGACAGAUUUGGGUCUCGGUGGCAGUUACCCUGCUUGUCACCCACUUUCUCUCUUUCCCAAAUAUUUUGCGUUAUGAUUGUUAACCUUAUAAUUGCUAUCCCUAUGUUACGUGUUGAUGGUGCUAAUGACCGCUCAUAACGGUGAAAUGUAUACUUUUGGUUGUUGAUCCUGUUGCGCUGUUUAAUUUUACCAGAAAACCUUAAUAUGUUAAUUUUUUUCCCAAAUUUACUCUCAUUCCGUGGAACUCGCUUAGCGGAAACCACCAGCAACAUGUUGCACGCAGUGUCGAUGUCGCGCGGCCAUGCAACUUAACACUUCCUCAAUCUUGUCACUUGCGAAUUGCUUCACCGAAACCCAGUCAGCUUCUGAUACCAUAUCGGAGGUUAACAGAGCUCCCAACUCGCCUUCCAUAACCGAAAGAAGACUAAACUCUGUGUUCUAUCACGUCUCCUUGUCAAAACAUGCGUAAAACAUCGACUAACGUAGGAUGAAUCUUCUCGAGACCUUGACGUCAACUAUGUUCAGCUUAAUUGUAAUUUCAAACGCUGUAUACGUACCUACGUACGUACCGGUGCAAAAACGUCAGCAAUUGUUAGCUUGCAGUAGAUUAAUAGUUUCUUCUUUCUACAUUCGGCGAAAAAAAAAAGCCAAGCAAAUUAAUUUAGCCGGCGCGAUUGUAGAAAGCUCACAAAAUGGCGCCAGCAGCGCCGCCGUUGGCGUCAUUGAAGUGUACCGGUACUCCGUAGCACUUCGCAAGCUGUAUUUCCUGAAACGUGGUUGCCGCGACGUUUUCCGAGCUUCCUGCAUUUGGUUCCGGCUCUUGCUGAGCACAGAAAGCAUGGACUCGGAGAUAUGUUACAGCAAGAAAGCCGUUGUCAGCGUAAGCGUAUAUUGAGGCUUUCUCUAAAGCCCCUCCAUCGCCGGCGGAAAACGCAUGGAGGGGCUUUAGCUUUCUCUAUCCCACAAGUGACGUCACAUUCGCCAGUUACGAAGAGCUCGUUGCCUGGUACGAGUGAGAAACCCUUUCGCAACAACACUGAAUGGACGGUGGCUGAGUGUACUCCGGCCGUUACAAACUAAGCAAAAAAAAAAAAAAAUGUCAGCUCCGCCCACAGCCAUCCUUGUCCCUCCCAGAUAAUUUGCAUGAAUACUCUACCCUAAAGCCCCUCCAUGAGUAGACGUGAUGGAGGGGCUUUACUCUACCCAAUAGCGCUUACUCAUUGUCGUGACGUCAAGCACCUCUCGAGCGUUUCCGAUAGUCGACUUUGCCCAUACAGACACACGUUUGUGUCGCUGGUUUUAAGGUCGGAAACUUGAACGUCCUGAAAAAUUUCAUCAGGGAUUCUCACAUCGCUGCUCAGCCAAACGAAAUGCGUUAGGUAGCAACGACGAACCUUUAACUCCUAGUACGCGUAGUGUUUACAUUAGCCGAGAAAAAGUACUAAUGGUUUGAGGUGAAACCAGCUGGCACGGCUUUCUUUCGCAUGUGAAGGGCAGGUGUGCCACAGUUCUGUGGGCGGAGCUAUUUUGUAGCGUUAGCUACACUGGCCGAGCUGGAGCAGUGUCGCGUGGCAGUCCGAGAGCCGUGCUGUGCAUGCGCGAGGAGCAGUGACGUCACACGGCGCACAGCUGGCGCACCUGGCGUGGCGAGCUACGCAUAUCCUUGCAUAGCCAAGCUAAGCCACUACAAUUUUUUUUGUUAGGUCGUAACCGAGUAUAGCCUUCAUAUGUCGAUCACUUCGUAUAUUCUCUCCCCCCCCCCAAUAAAUAAAUAAAUAAAUAAAUAAAUUAAUAGAUAAAUAAAUAAAUAAAUAAAUAAAACGAAAUACAAGAUGUUCUAUACAGAAUCUACAUAGACAUGGCAGCGGGCCUCUUGUCAGACGAUUCUCACUCUGUAAUCGUGCCACAGCAGUCAGUGAUAGCUGUAUCUGUGCGCUCUGGUGCUACGGAACGCACUUUGAUAUUCUGCUAGAAAGAAGAGAGGGAGGGUGGAGGGGUACGUCCGCUCAAGCAGCUGUCUGGAGUGCACUUUUAUUGUACAAAUGUAACCGCUCCUGUGGAGAAAUCAAAAAUAAAUCUGGCUUAAAAUUGGCA